AUGGAGCUUUACUUCACCGUCAAGGCAACAAAACACGAAGAUAAGGUGCCGCUAAUUCUCCUCGCAGCCGGCGAAGAAGGCCUACGCCGAUACAACAGUUGGUCGAUGACAGACGACGACCGCAAGGACCCACAAAAAUAUUCUCUGCCUUCAUGGAGCAGCUCGAACCGGCAACCAACCACCGCGUUUUUAGACUCGAACUCAGCAAAUACCAACAAAAAGCCAACUGAAACAACGGACAUCUUCGUUAACAGAUGCCGACUGCUAGCAAAGAAAUGCGACUUCACUGCCGACGAAGUAAACGAACGCCUCGUUGAGUUACUAAUUGCCAGCACGCCCAUACCCGAACUACAAAAGGAACUAUUGAACAAACCAAAGGGUUACAAAAUCGAAGAGGCUGUUAAAUUAGCCCGUUCUCAUGAAGCAUCAGCAAUAUAUGUCAACCAACUCCAGCAGCUACAGGGACCACCACAGAUAGCCACAAUAAACCGUGGUACACACCAACAGCAAGGAAGUGACAGAAAAUACGGACAGGUUUGCAAAAAUUGUGGACGCAACCACCGUUUUGGCAAAGAACACUGCCGUGCCAAGAACGACACAUGCAACACAUGUGGCAAAGUAGGCCACUGGGCUACAGUCUGCUUCUCAGGGAAACAUAAGACCAAGAGACGACAAGGGAAAACCUGGUCUAAUGGUCGUAACCAGUCGAGACACCCACAACAGGAGUUUGGCAGAAAAGUCGACAGCGUCGCCAAACAAAACGACCAAGUCAUGACCGACAUAGACACAGCGAUGGAAAACCUCACCUUUAGCUACAUCGAAACCAACAGUGGGAAAUCAUCAAAUAUGAAAGGCCCUCGAAAUGAGGCAUUUGUUGAUUUAAGCAUUAAGUUGGUGGACCACCCAGGCACUCAUACUUUCAACCUGAAGGUAGAUACAGGGGCACAAGCAAACACACUGCCUAUCCGCAUAUUCCGCAAGAUGUACCCCACCAGUAUAGACCAAGCUGGAAAUCCAAUACCCGGAUCACUCACCUCAACACAAUGCCUACUAACAGCCUACAACAACACAAAGAUAAACUGUUAUGGCACCACAAAUAUUAGGUGCAAAUACAAGAACUCUCCAUGGAUGGAUACCCAAUUCUACGUGGUUGAUGUUCCAGGAGCAGCCAUAUUGGGCUUGCCAACAUCAGUAUCACUUAAAGUAGUGACAAUGAACUGUGCUAUAUCAGUCCAGCAACAACCCAUCAACAGUGUAGCUGACCUAAUGCGCCUCUACCCUGACAGAUUCGACCGUAUUGGUGAAUUUCGGAGGACUCACAAGCUUGCUGUUAACCCCAAUGUGCCAUGCCACAUAGACCCACCGAGAAGGACACCUAUAGCCAUGCGCGAAAAAAUCAAAGCUGAGCUUGACAAGAUGGAAUCACAAGGAGUCAUUCGCCGUAUUGAAGAACCUACAAACUGGGUAAGCUCUCUUACAUAUGUCACCAAACGUGACAACACAAUAAGAGUUUGCCUAGACCCACGAGCACUAAACAAAGCUCUCAUACGGCCAUACCACCAAAUUCCGACUGUCGAAGAGCUCAACCAUCGAUUUGCAGGAGCAAAAUUCUUCUCAAAAUUUGAUGCUAAGUCUGGAUACUGGUCCAUAAAGCUCGAUCGUGAAAGCCAGCCACUAACAACUUUCCAAACGCCAUUUGGGAGGUACUGUUUUGAACGACUUCCAUUUGGUCUGAGUGUCAGUCAGGAUAUUUACCAACUUGAGAUGGACAGGAUACUCGAGAAGUGCACUGGAGCCUGUGGUAUAGCUGACGAUAUCACCAUAUAUGGGUCAACAGAACAUGAACACGACAAAAACUUAAAGCGCUUUUUAUGGAGGUCGCUACUCAAGAGGGCCUUACCCUCAACUCAGAGAAAUGCAAGAUUAAACGCCGGGAAAUCUCCUUCUUUGGAAACCUGUAUACACAUACCGGAUUGA